UCACUGCUGUGCGACUGCUGCAGCACCGCGCAUGCGCACGAGAGAGCGCACAGGAAGUGAGGGAGGGUCGCUGUUUUUGUGUGAUGGCGGAUUGUUAUGCGGGAUGAUUUUACUGUAACCCUUAUUUGAAAUGCGUGAACUCGCGGUGACAUUGAGACAACAGAAUUAUGAGAGUGUCCGAGUCCGCUUUGGAUUUUGAAGUCUGAGGCUUUGCUGUGUUUUAUUAAUGAGGACCCGACUGUGAAGCGUCCCAGAAAAACUGUUUCUAAUGCAGCUAGACAUCCGAGCGAAACUGAAAGGGUUUAAAUACACCUUGAAAGAAAACAUCCUGUUUCCGGUCUCAGUCUGAAAGAAAAGUAUUCACAAUCGUUUAUUAGUGGUUCGGAAUUGGAGGAGGUGAAGAUGGAUGUUUUUAAAGACAAGCUCUCCGCGGUCAUUGAGCAAGCAUUGAAAGCUGCCGUGGACACGGUGAUCAGUGAAAUCACACAGCUGGUCGGUAACGAAUUCGCGGAUCUGUCUGAAAGAGUGAAAGAAAUGAAACAGCUGAGGCGUCGAUUGGAAACAUCCGAGCGGGAGCUGAAACAGCUGCGCGGGUAUUUCAAAACCGCAGAUAAGAACAGCGGUGUCACACAGCCUGGAGUGAGCUGCCUUGAGCGCGACUUCCAGUCACACAGUCCGGGAGGAGACGAUCCCGAGAAGGAAAGCGGCGAUGUUACCGGAGUGAACGCUUCACUCUUCAAUGAAGCACAGAGCGGGUCCCAGCGUCUGUGCACCAGUCAAGCAGCUCCGUCGAUAAAGGACUGGCCCCUGGUUUUAUUAAUCACACCAGAGAUCGUCACUGAAGAUAACAACCAGGAGUUACUGAUCUCUGACCAGAGUGUUGACACGUGGAUCCGAAGUAUUGUGGACAGAGCGGGAAUAGAGAAAGAGGCUCAAGAGGAAACUGUUCAUGAGAACGUAGCUUUACAGGCUCCAGAGCAGCACCUUCACCAGGAAUACUGUGCAGUUCAGAGUGAGGCUCCGCAGGGAUCUGUUCAGAGUGAGGCUCCCCAGGGAUCUGUUCAGAGUGAGGCUCCCCAGGGAUCUGUUCAGAGUGAGGCUCCCCAGGGAUCUGUUCAGAGUGAGGCUCCCCAAGGAUCUGUUCAGAGUGAGGCUCCCCAGGGAUCUGUUCAGAGUGCUGAAGAGGUCCCGCUGCAGGGCCGCAGCCACGCUGAAGAGCAAGUCACUGAAGUGGAGUCUGUGUUCAUUAUUGAAGGUGUCCGGGAAUCACCAGCUGCCCACAUUAAAGAAGAGCUCCCUGAACUGGAAUCUGUCAGUAAUUCCAAAGAUGUACCUGACAUGGAGUCGCUUCAAAUGAAAGAGGAAAUCACUGAAGAGCACAAUAAUAAUGAGGAGGAUGAUAAUGAUGGAUCCAUCCAAUGUAAAGAAGAGGCGCAGGCUGCUAAAGAACUCAGUGCUGGUGCUCACAAUGAAAGCACUGCACUUGGUGAAGUCAGACCAGAAGGUCCUGUCCACGGUAAUGGGCAGGUCUCUAAUGACAGGAGCACAGAUGAUACAGAGAAAGAGAAAGAGAGCAGCUCCGUGGAGAACCUGGGCAACAAGGACUGUGAAGAAAGAGGAGCGAUCACCACAACCAGCGUGACCUCUUGUGAAGUGGCUGAUAAACGAAAGCCUGAUUCCAAUCCAGUGCUUCCCUGCAAAACCUCUCCUCAUGAAAAGAAGCUGAAGAAGAGCAGAACUAAGACUGAGAGACAAGAGAGUGUGAAAUCCCGUCCAGAGAGGAAGAAGAGGCUCCCGUCCCCACAGCCUGGACCUGGAGCUUCAGGGAGUGCGGACAGUUCUGAACAGGCUUUGCAUCUCUGUGCUACAUGUGGGAAGGGCUUCAGCAGGAAACAGUACCUCACCUGUCACCAGCGCAGCCAUUCACGCGCAACUCCCCAUCGCUGCACCAUCUGUGGCGACCACUUCAAACAGCUGUGCCACCUGAAAACACACCAGCGAUUGCACCAGAACAAGAACUCCUUCCGCUGUAAUGAAUUCAACAAGAGUUUCAUUGAACUGGGCAAACUCAAAACACACCAGAAAAUCCACAAAGGAGGCUCUCCCCACCACUGUAAAGAAUGUGGGAAGAGCUUUGCACUUUUAAACUUCCUGAAGAGACACAAAUGUAUUCGUGGCACGGAGAGCCCUUUCCGCUGCAGUGAAUGUGGGAAGUGUUUCGCCAACAGAAUUACCCUUGGAAGACAUGCUCAAGUUCACACAGGAGAGAAACCCUAUCAUUGUAACGAAUGUGGGAAGACUUUAAUGGACAUAGGAGGACUUAAAAAACACCAGCGAGUUCACACAGGAGUAACACCCUACCUCUGUACUGCGUGUGGGAAGAGCUUCUCUCAGAUCGGGAGCCUGAAAGUACACCACAGGACCCACACCGGAGAGAAGCCCUUUUACUGUAACACCUGCGGGAAGUCUUUUAAAGAGACAAACACUCUUCUCAAGCACCAGAAACUGCACACAAAGUAA